GGAGCCAAUGGUGGGUGUUGUUUCAUUAUUUGGAGUCCAAGCAAGUUACUACUGACUAAGUAUAAACUGGAACCAUGUAAAAUAAGCACCAUUCCGAAUUCACCCAAAUGAAUUGGUCACUGUUCGUUUUGUCAGUUUUUUAUUGGGUCAAAUUGAGGCAGAAACUGACUUAUGGUUUGGAAUGUAUGAGAAGUCCUCUCUCAAUUCUUCUUUGAAAACAUUAUCUUUGACUUUUCUUUCUACAUUAUCUAAUUAUAGGCUUGUAAAGUAUUUACUGGUCCAAGUUUAUGAAGUUCCCUAAUUCUGAAGCCAUAUAUCUAGAGCCACACAGUUGAGAGAUCUUUACACACCUCAGAAAGGUGGUAAAUUAGUUGCACAAGCAGAACUGCUUCUUGCCCAACUCUCAGACUAUUUGCUACAUAAGUUUUUUUUCAAAUGCAAAAUCCAAGAUACUGCUGCCUAAUUCUCUUCAUUCAACUUGUCUCCAUCGUUAGCUUUUGCCACUACGUAAUUCCAAUAAGAGGUGAAGAUGAGACUAGUGUUGUAAAGGUGGAUAUGGGUAUAAUUCUUGAUAUGGAAACAGUUGUGGCAAAAGUAAUGCAAAUAUCUAUCGUACUUGCUCUUGAGGAUUACCAUGCCAACGCUAGUCAUGGUGCCAUUAGGAUAGUCCCUCACAUCAGGGAUUCCAAGAAAGAUGACGUUGAAGCAGCAUCUGCAGCCAUAUACUUGCUAAAGAAUGUCCAAGUACAAGCGAUCUUUGGGCCACAAAUGUCUACACAAACUGAUUUUGUGAUUGACUUGGGGAACAGAGCAAAAGUCCCUAUCAUUUCUCCAGCAACAAGUCCUUCACUUUCCGUCAAGGAAAAUCGCUUCUUCAUCAGAGGAGCACUUCCUUCUUCCAGCCAGACUAAAGCCAUUGCAGGAAUAGCUAAAAACUAUAAUUGGAAGGAGGUUGUGAUCAUCUAUGAGGAUAGCUCCUUCGGAACCGGGAUACUUCCACAUUUGACUAAUGCCUUGCUGGAAAUCAGCACUUUGGUCUCAUAUAGAAGUGUUAUUUCUCCUUCAGCCAAUGAUGAUCAAAUUCUGAGGGAGCUAUACAAGUUGAAUACAAUGCAGACCAAGGUGUUCAUCGUGCACUUGCAACCAUUUCUUGCCUCGCGCCUUUUCCUGAAGGUCAAAGAAGCCGGGAUGAUGAGCAGUGGAUAUGCAUGGAUCAUCACAGAUGUGCUAACAGGUCUUCUGGACCUGGUAGAUCCUACAGUAAUUGAGUCGUCGAUGCAAGGUGUUCUUGGUAUAAAGCCUUAUGUUCCAAGAUCAAAUGAGCUUAUCAAUUUCACCACGAGAUGGAAAAAGAGAUUUCGUCAAGAGUACCCAGACAUGGAUCCAGUUGAACUCAAUAUUUUCGGGCUAUGGGCAUAUGAUAGCGUCACCGCAUUAGCAAAAGCAGCAGCAAAAAUGGGCAACACCGCUAUCCCAAAAUUCAAGAAACCGGAAACUAGAGAAAACUUAACCGACUUAGAUGCACUUGGAACCUCUGAAAUGGGAUCUCUGCUCCUUGACUCUGUGCAAAACACAGCGCUAAAAACAGCAGUAAGUGGUGAAUUCCGUCUCAUCAAUGGAGAGUUGCACCCAUCCCCAUAUCAAAUUGUGAAUAUAGUUGGGACAGGACAGAGAAGCGUUGGAUUCUGGACAGAGAAGGAUGGAAUUUCAUAUAAACUGAAGAUAGAUGGUAAAACAUCUAAGAGUAAUAAUAAUCAACUAGGGGCCAUCAUUUGGCCUGGUGAAUCUACUAUUCCUCCGAGAGGCUGGGAAAUACCCACAAGCGGGAAGAAGCUAAGGGUUGGAGUCCCUGUCAAAGAAGGGCUGCAGGAAUUCAUUAAAGUGGAAAGAGAUUCAAAAACACAAGCAGUUAUUGCAACUGGUUUCUGUGCAGAUGUCUUCAAAGAAGUCAUCCAAUCUUUGCCUUAUGCUGUUCCUUAUGAAUUUGUUCCAGUUCCAAUAACACAUAAGCCCACAUCUCCAGGAUAUGAUGAUCUUGUUUAUAAACUCCUUUUUAAGAAACAUGAUGCAGUAAUAGGUGACGUGACCAUUUCAGCGAACCGAUCCAAGUAUGUAGAUUUCACAUUACCUUUUACGGAGUCGGGUAUUUCUACGGUUGUGCCAGUAAAGGGUGAUGACAGGAAGAGUCCUUGGAUUUUCAUGAAACCAUUAAAGAGCGAGCUUUGGAUAACAAUCGGAGCAUUCUUCAUUUUCAUUGGUUUUGUUGUUUGGGUACUCGAACAUCGUGUAAACAAAGAGUUUCGAGGACCCAAACGCAAGCAAGUUGGGAUGAUAUUCUGGUUUUCCUUCUCAACUCUUGUUUUUGCUCAUAGAGAGAGGGUAACAAGUAAUUUAACAAGAUUUGUGCUGAUUGUGUGGGUUUUCGUGGUUCUGGUGCUGACAUCAAAUUAUACAGCCAGCUUAACAUCUAUGUUAACAGCACAAAAACUUCAACCUACUAUAACAAACCUCAAUGAUCUCAUCAAAAAUGGAGAAUAUGUAGGGUACCAAAAAGGUUCUUUUGUUGAAGAUGUCUUGAAAGGCAUGCAAUUUGACAGCUCCAAAUUCAGGAGUUACAGCACAUUGGAAGAGUAUAAUGAUGCGCUCUCAAGAGGUAGUAAAAAUGGAGGUGUUGGUGCAAUUGUUGAUGAACUACCUUAUCUCAGACUCUUCCUCAAUAAAUACUGCAGGAAGUAUAUUAUGGUUGGUCCGACUUACAAGACGGCUGGUUUUGGAUUCGCAUUUCCAAAAAGAUCUCCUUUGGUACCUGACUUCUCAAGAGCAGUCUUGAAGGUGAUGGAGGGAGAGUUUAUGAAUAACAUAAUUCAGAAAUGGUUUGGGAAUGAAACAGAUUGUACACAGAAAGAUGGAAUGGCUAUAGCAUCUGAUAGCCUCACACUAGAUAGUUUUAAGGGCCUUUUCCUCAUAGCUGGUGUAUCAGCUGGUUCCGCUCUUCUCAUAUUCUUGUUCAUCUUCCUUUAUCAGAAUAGAGAAAUCUUAGCCACUGAUGAUUCAAUAGGGCAAAAGCUUUCUGCAAUAGCAAAAGUCUUUGAUGAAGAGAAAGACAACUCUAAUUCUAAGACAGAAAAGACAUCUGAGGGCAACGAAAGCAGAACGGCUACACUGUUCGCAGCAAGCGAAGCUUCUCCUGAAGUAUUGCCUGACCUCCCUUUGCAAAGCCCAGAAAUCAGAAUUUCUGACGGCCUAGGAGCAUCCCCUGCACCUGAAGGGUUUUCUACAGGAGAACCUGGAACUCCAGUUCAAGAAACCAUUACAGGGACAAUUGACGAAAGAUUUAAAAGGGCCCUACAAGAGACCGUACAGAGAUGAGCUAAUAGGGUUAGUUUGACCAAAUGACAUUAUAACCUAUCGCUCUAGGCCACAAUAUUUGUAUCAAGAGCCAGCUCCAAAAUUCAGAUAUGAUGGGUUCAACGUUUACGUUCUUAAGAUUGAAUUCGUUGCAUUUCUGAAAUUAUGAGUUUAGAAUUUAAUAUUCAAGGAAAUUCUACUUUUUUUUCCCA